AUGUCGGGCACGACUAUAUGUAAACCCGACAAAGUAGAUAAUUUGGAAUAUUGCCUUCGCAACUUGGUCGCCAUAGAUGCUACUCCCGUUAGUUCUACUAGUUGCGAUGCCGAAUCACUGCUCAAUUUAUCACGGGACAAUACUCAACUCCUUGUAAAUCGCAUAUUCUCAUUAAACAGGGUGACAACGUCGGAUGGAGUAUUUGUGUCGCUUCCUGAGGAAGAUGCCAUUACUAUGCCACGUAUGUACCCUUUACCGAAGCCCAAAAAAAAGACAAGGUGGCAGCUUUUUGCUGAGGCUCGCGGUAUAAAGAAACACAAACGUUCACGCCUUGUAUUCGACAAGGCGGUCAACGAUUGGGUACCCCGCUGGGGAUACAAGUCAAUCAAGAAGGGAUUAGCACAUUCACCGCCUAUUGUUGAAGUAAGAGACUCAGACCUGGCACAGGGUAUAGACCCAUUCGAGGAAUCAAGCCGAAAGAAAGGAGUACAGAAAACGCGGCAAAAACUCAGAGAGCUGCGCAACAAGGCUGAGGCAAGUGCGCUUUCCCGGGCAAACACCGCUCUACAACGUGCCAAGACCUCCACGCGUAGCUGUGGCAAGUUCGACAAGAAAACGAAGGGGGUAAAAGCUAAAGCGACUAUCAGACGUAAAGCUGUUAAUAAACCCCUUAAGGAAGAGCGGAAAAGCUACUUAGAAAGUAUCAGAAAGUUGAACCUUACCAAAUAA